GCUUAUAGGUUAUGUUAUUAAAAAAUAUAACUAAUUAAUUUUAAUAAUUAAUAAUCAAUAAAAUGGGUAAAGUAAGAUCAACUUCUGGGCCCCCCAGAAAACAGGGGUUCAAUCGAUCAGGUCACUCAAUGAACCCUGAAAGAUCAUCGGAAGGACUGAAAGGGGUGGCCAAAAUUCGUACAAAAUCGACAAUAAAACGUCUUCAAAUGUAUCGUAAUUUCAAAGCAAAAAGAGAUAAAACCGGAAAGAUUUUAACCCCCGCCCCAUUUCAAGGAUGGUUACCAUCCGGUACGAGAGCGCGAGUAGAACCAAAUCAAAAAUGGUUUGGGAACUCUCGAGUUAUAUCUCAAAAUGCCCUCCAAAAAUUUCAAUCGGAAUUAGGAGCUGCUAUAAAAAAUCCUUAUCAAGUUAUCAUGAAACCAACAACUUUACCUGUAACACUUUUAAGUGAAAAAGCAAAACAUGCCAGAGUCCAUUUAUUGGAUACUCAGAGUUUUGAAAGCGUUUUUGGGCCUAAAAAAAGUCGGAAAAGGCCAAAUUUAGCUGUUAAAGGUCUAGAAGAAUUAACAGAGUUAGUUGAGAAAAAUACUGAAGAGUAUAUUGAUGAGAAAGAUUCGAAUAUUAUCAGGGAUGAUGGAGGUGUUAAAGCUUUGAGUAGAGAUUGGGUGAUGGGGGCUGGGCAAUCAAAAAGGAUUUGGAAUGAGCUUCAUAAAGUGAUUGACAGCUCAGAUGUACUUCUUCAAGUAUUAGAUGCAAGAGAUCCAAACGGAACUCGCUCAGCUUAUUUAGAAAAGUUUUUAAAAACGGAAAAACCCCACAAACAUUUAAUUUUUAUUUUAAACAAAGUUGAUUUAGUACCCACUUGGGUAACUCAACGUUGGAUUGCCAUUUUAAGCUCAGAAUAUCCAACAGUCGCUUUCCAUGCCAGUAUAACACAUCCAUUCGGAAAAGGAUCAUUAAUCAAUCUUUUAAGACAAUUCGGAAAAUUGCAUGUCGAUAAAAAACAAAUUUCCGUCGGGUUUAUCGGUUACCCCAAUGUGGGAAAAUCAUCGGUUAUUAACACUUUAAGGAGUAAGAAAGUCUGUAAGGUAGCCCCAAUUGCGGGAGAAACAAAAGUUUGGCAAUACAUUACUCUAAUGAGACGUAUUUAUUUAAUCGAUUGUCCUGGAGUUGUUUAUCCAUCAUCAGAAACGGAUACAGAAAAAGUUUUAAGAGGCGUUGUAAGAGUCGAACUUGUAAAUAAUCCCGAGGAUUACAUCCAAGCGGUUUUAGAACGCGUUAAAUACGAAUACUUAGUUAAAACUUACAAAAUUUCCGGGUGGACGAAUCACGUUGAAUUCUUAGAAAAAUUAGCAUACCGAAGCGGAAAAUUAUUAAAAAAAGGCGAACCUGAUAUUGCAAUUGUAGCUCGAAUGGUUCUUAACGAUUGGCAAAGAGGAAAAUUACCGUUUUAUGUCGCACCACCUGGUUUCGAAGUACCUUUACCUAAAUCAGAUGAACAAAAAGCUGAGGAAAAUUUAUCUGUUGUACAAGAUUUUAGGAAAAUUAAAGUGAAUUUGGAUUAUGAAGGUGACGAUAUUAAAGAUUUAGAACCAAUUCCUAAUGUAACUAAAAAUGAAAAUGGCGAUAAUGAUGAAAAUAAUAAAGAUAAAGAAAACGAACAUAAUGAAAUUAACGAUUUAAAUGAAACUGUAGCGAAUGAUACAGAAGAAAUUGAUAAUCAUUCUGAUUCUUCAUCAGAUAUAAGCAAUUUUUAUUCCGAUUUUGAAGAUUUUGUCGCUGAAACAACCAGCGGGGACUUUACUGUUGAAAAAACUGAUAAUAAAAAGAAUUUGACAAGUCGACAAAGAAGAGCUAUUGAAAGGCGACUCAAAAGGAAGAAGAUUGGAAGUAAUUUCUACGAAGUCACGAAUGUUAAGAAUAGAAACAGAAAAAAGAAAAAGAUUGUUAAAUAAAAUAAUUUUAUUUGUCCAAUAAAUAAUUAAUGUCCCAAU